CUCAGAAGACGAAAAGUACACUGUCACUACACAUGUGAGAUUUCUAAUAGUCAAUGUUGUUGCCAGAAUGAAACGCUUCAUUGUUGGUAAAAACAAAUGUGAAAAUACGGAUAGAGAUAAAUAUAUAUUAGAUAUGGAUAACCCACCGCGGGAAAUCAAAAAGGCCUAUGACAUGACUACGGUCUUGGGAACUGGUGCUUUCUCUGAAGUGAAACUCGCUGAGGAUAAACUUGAAAGUGGAACAUUUAGAGCAAUAAAAUGUAUUAACAAGAAACAUCUCAAAGGCAAAGAGGAAUCACUAAGGAAUGAAAUAGCAGUCUUAAAUAAAUUACAACACCCAAAUAUAGUACGACUUGUAGAUGUUUUCGAAGAUCAAAAAGUAGUUUAUUUAGUAAUGGAAUUAGUAACCGGUGGGGAGUUAUUCGACAGAAUCGUAGAGAAGGGUAGUUACACAGAAAAAGAUGCCAGCGUGUUGAUAAAACAAAUAUUAGAGGCGGUAGACUUCAUGCAUGAGAAGGGUGUUGUACAUAGAGAUUUAAAGCCUGAAAAUUUGUUAUACUAUAGUCCAGAUGAAGAUUCCAAGAUUAUGAUCAGUGAUUUCGGCUUGUCAAAGGUAGAGGAUGAUGGUAUCAUGGCCACUGCUUGCGGAACGCCGGGCUAUGUUGCCCCGGAGGUCUUGAAGAACGAACCCUAUGGCAAAGAGGUGGACAUCUGGUCAAUAGGUGUAAUAGCUUACAUUCUACUAUGCGGCUAUCCACCAUUUUACCAUGAAAAUGAUGCAGACCUGUUUGCGCAGAUUAUGAAGGCAGACUAUGAAUUCGACUCGCCCUACUGGGAUAUGAUCUCAGAUUUUGCAAGGGAAUUUAUUCGGAACAUGAUGCAUUUAGAUCCUAAAAAACGAUUCACAUGCAAAGAAGCAAUAGCCGACCCGUGGAUCUCUGGGAACGCUGCGCUGGACAAGGACAUCCAUGCAUCUGUCAGUGCACAGAUGAAGAAGAACUUUGCAAAAACAAAAUGGAGGCAAGCGUACAAUGCUACCGCAGUAAUAAGACAGAUGCGAAAGCUCGCCAUGAACAAGUAAUGCCACUUGUGGUGGCUGGAAAGAAUAGUUGGUCGAGUUUGCGGGGGAAACUACUCCACUAUGCCAAAAACAAGUUUGAGAGCAGACGACGAGGUUCUAGAUACCGUAAAGAUGGCGCAGAAAUGGUUAAGAAGUCAAGAGAUUAAAAUUGAAUGUGUCAGUAUUUGGUGCUGAAGGGAAUUGAUGGUGUAGCAAGAGGACAUGGUCCUGUUGAUGCGAAAGUCAUAUUUUGAAGGAGCAGAGGUGUUGAACAAAUGAUGCAGAGUCAAAUUAUGCAGGUUUUCUAAAUCAUAAACUUAUUAGAGAUUAUGAGGAUUUAAGAAAAGAAUCUCUUUGACCGGUCAUUGUUUCUGACAAUUUAUACAAUUUUUCUGUCACUAUAUCGUAAAUCACAACCUCAAACAUGUGAUACUUCAGCAUUUCUCCAACACUUUGGACCUAUGGUAAAGCUGCAUGGCCGGGAGAUUUCUGCUUUCAUGCAUUAUGAUAUCUUUGUUGCAAUAUUUGAAUGAAAUUUUGCUACACUUUUCCAUGUACAUUUCAGUCUAUAUAUGUACAUAAAUUACUGUAUAAUAUAUAUACAUGAUAUUUUAUUUUUGUCUGGUGCGUCCAACCUAUUGUACAUGUAUGUAUUUUCAUUCUCAAUGGUAAUUCUAAUACCUUUAAGCCCAGGGUUGGGUAACCUAGUCGGCGUGACCAGUAUCAUUUGCAUCAAGACAUGACUCUACAGUUGUAAAUGAAAUUUUUUUACUGAGGGAGAUACUUGAGCGUAGGCUGGCCGGUGUUUGUCUCUAAGGCCAGUUGAGCACUGGGCCCAGCACGACUGAAUCAUGAGCAAUGAGUCUCAGUGACAAGGAAUCCAGUGACUUGUGCGUCAAAAGUCUAAAACUGGGGACUCUAACUGCUAAUUCAUUUGAAGGAAGAGUCUAUUUAGGGUAAUUGGGGUGAAACGGUUGAUCAGUUGAUCAGUUGAGAUUUGGACAAAUGAAAACGUUGAUAACAGAAAUAUUUUGUUGUUUGAUAUGAAAAGCUAAGAUCUAACGACGACAGUAACAUUUACAAUAUGUUUGCUGAUUUAUGUUUAUCAAGUUCCACCCACUUAUGCUUUAGAUUGCAUGUUUACCUCAUAAUUUCCUUUGCCAAAACCUUCUCUGUUAUAUUUGACAAUCCAUCGAGUGAAUCCACCUUUCCAGGGUUUUCCCAAAGGCCCAGUUGGUUGGCCGAUUGCCCAUUACUCAGCAGGGAGGUCCUGACCAGUAAAACCUCGGUGAAUUUGGUAAGAUCCGAGUCCCAGUUGAGCUAAAGACAAUCUUGGACUGUGAAAUAUAGCAAAAAGAGGUCUAUCCCUUAUCAAAAUUUUGAAUCUUCAUCUUUCACUUGUUAUGUAAACCCACCGAUGAGACAAUAUAAAGGGCUUCUAUGGUUUCCUGUAAAUUUAUACUGGGUAACACAUGAUGAAUCAUAUGACUAAAAGAGUACAAAGUGUGAAUGACAAGGUGGUGGUGCUUGAUUCUACAUGAUGAUGAAAAUUUAACAGACAAAACUCUGUAAGUCGUUGUUUAUUAUAUCUGGUGUUCCUAUCAUUAGUGGCCUAGCAUAUAUUAUAAUGGUAGUUCUGGGCAUAGAAUGGAAGGCCAGAUAACUAUAAUAAAGGCCUGCUGUAUUGAAUUUUGAAUUCAUCUAUGUAAAGCUGGAUGCAGUAAUGCAUGUAACUGAUAAGGGGUCAGCCUUAUGCUUCCAACAUCAUAGAGUCUUGAUGUCAUAAUCAGCAGAGGCUGACCCAUAUCUUGGCCAAGUUUGGUCACUCCCUGCAAGAGGCGCUUUUCUGGGAGAGGGGAAAUAGUCUCAUCUCCCCACUUAUUGCUUUUUGUCAAGUCAUGUUAAAUUGCUGUGUGGAACUAUUUUUGCUGAUUUCCAUAAAUGUUGUUAUGAAUAUUUCAUACAUUUAUCUCAUUUAUUUCAAUGCUUUCUAAUAUCUGUUUGAACUGGGAUCAAACAUUUGCUUGUGAAAAUGUUAAUUUGCUGUAAAAAUACCAGUUGCUGAUGCAGUCCUGAAAUCAUUAGCUUAUUUGAGCAUCCUAUGUGGCCCUUGCUUAUUAAAUAUAGAUUAGCACUCGAUCAUUAGUGCACUAUGGCACAAUGAAAUGAGUAGAUCGGUUGUGAACUUCUAUUAACCAGUUGGAGUGCUCCAUUUUUCCUCUUGAAUACCGACAAUGAGUACAUGCAUACUGUUUCGAAUUGGCCGACAUGACGGAGCAACUCAUUUUAUCCUGCAACUAGGGAGCAGAUCAGUCACCAAUCUACCUAGUCCAGUUAUCUUGUGGUUAACAAUAGACAUGGACGGUCAACUGAAAAUUUAGGUCAAAACUAAUUGGAAGUUAUUCAUAUAGCAGCACAAUAACAUGCACUUUUUAGCAGUGAUUGACACUUUCAAAAGCAUUGUAUAGUUGGCUUUUACUCAGUACAUACUUUGGGCACUGUGAUUAAUCUUAGUCUGUUUAUCUUUGAGUAUCAUUCCAUUUUGCACUUUUUUUCUCUGUUUUAUUUGCUCUUGAGUAUAAUAAUGAAGAGUUUUAUGUAUGUAUUAAUCGGGUUACGUGGAAUUUAUCUUUUGUGGUAAGGAUUGAGAUCAUUGGUGACUCCAAGAUAUGAUCCCUCCUCGCGCUGAUUCUACCGCAUAUUUUCUGUAAACAUGGUAAAUGGGAUUUCCGGCUUCUUUGGGGUUUGCAAAUGUUCAAAAACUGACCACAGGUCGUUUGGAUAUGUUAGCUGAGGAGUUGCUAAUCUCAGGUUUAUUUCAUAAAUGGGGUGACAAUUCAUAGACUUGCACUACCAGCACAGAAUGUAUUGACUAUGUACCAGUAUCGUAUGCACUGCGGUUCCGCCUCCGCUUGGGGGCGUUCCGACGUAUCGUGAUCUGAGAUUACAUGUUUUACACAUAAUUCAUAUUACAACUUAUUAAUGUCAUAAUAGUCUUGCUUUUAUAAUUGUUUAGUCUACUUCGGCUUCAUAUUCCAUUUUCACUAUUAAACAAUUUAUGUAGUCUAUUUUUGUUAGGCCGACUAUGGCAUAUAAUAAUACAUGUAGGUUAAGCUUUUGUGUCCCUUUUUGACCCUGACAGCCCUAUUGUAAUGCAUCAAGUCUUACAUUUUCUCCAGAAUUUUUCUCUCUUUCAUAUGAAUAUUCUUGUAUUUUAUAUCUGUCUAUAUAUGCACAGCAUAUGCACUACAGGCCCCCUGGAUCAGAUGUUUGGUUAUUUCAGACAGUUGGUUGAUUACUUUUUCCCCUAGAAUUUGACCUGAUUCAGAUUGGCAAAAUUAUCAUCGCCAUUAUAAUAUACAAACAUCCACUUUCUUUGUAAUUCAUGUCGGUUGGGUAUCCUCAGUCAAUAUUCUCACUUGUGAUGGGUUCUUGAUACAUACCUUGAGGUUUUGUAAUUGACAAUAAUGGACGAAACAGGGAACAAUAGUAAUGGCAAUACAAGUUGAAGAUGGCUGUAUGAUUAUUUUUGCAGGCUAGCUCAGAUUAAAAAACUGAUUUCAGAAGCAUCUGAGCUAAUCAGUCUUGUGUUCAGUUUAUUGAGGUGUACUUGUUUCAAAAUUAGAAAAUAUUGGGAGCAGAGCAGAUUUUACUAAAAUAUUUCAAUUUACUACUUAAUAUUUGUAUUUCCUGGUUCAAAGGUAUGAUAUAUGUACCUGCUGGUUGAAAGGUAAAUAGCAGUAUCUGGGACUCCCAAGAACAAAUCAAUUUAGUUAGAAAUUUCUAUUUUUUUCAAUGAAUUUCAUGACAUCGAAACAGUUUGUUUAUGCAUUUUGCAAAGAUGUCGUAGUGAUAUUUUCAAAGGUCACAUUGACUUGUUCAGAAUUUGAACAGAUUUUCACCAGCUUUUUUAAUAACGCACACAGCUAUAGUUCGUGCUAGUGUAGAUAUUUGUCAGUGACAUUUAUAUCUUAUAUACAAAUGAUUAAUAAGUGGGUAUAGAGAAGGAUUCCUAACAGGGGUCUUGGCAGUAAAGGGUGGAGCAAAUAAUUGAACUUGAGAAGGCCUACAUUGUACUUGUAAAUAUAAUGGGCCUGUAUUAGAGCUCAUUCUGCAGAACGUAAAUUUUAUAUUUUGACACAAAUUCUUGUAGUGUGCACCCCAGUAGUAUCUAGAGUAGUUAGGCAAUAUAUAGCAGUCUAAUCGUAAUACAUACUGAUAAUUACACAUAUAUGGUUGAUUUUAUCCAAGGUGAAUUUCAUUGUUGGCCAAUACAUUAUGAGAUGCACUCAAACUUAGAAACUGUUAUCUAAGCAAUUUUUUGCCUAAAAUGAACAUUUAAGACAUAUUUGGAUCUGAUAUGAGAGUUCGAGACACUGGGUCUCAUAGUGCUGCCACCUGUUGGAAUUAAAGGGAGAUUAUAGACAGGCGACUAGGUCACCGAAAGUUGCUGAUAGGGGUCUCUUCUCUCAUACGGUACAUUGAUACUAUCCAUGAUUGUGCAACGAAUAUAUUUCUCACUGAAUCAAGCAUGACUUCCGCCUCGAACUGUGCAUAUUAUUAACAUCUGCCUAUAGUACCCCUUUAACAGCCCUUGACACAGACAUGGAUCAAAUAAUAAUUGAUUCUCUACAGCUAAUUUAUCUACAACAGUGACAUUUUUAAAAGAAACCAUAAAGUAACAAGAAUAAGACCUAUAAAUUCAAGAUUGUGUGUAUUUGAUCCUCUUGUUUCCUAGUUGUUUCCCAUAGCCAAUACGGGUUUGAUGUUUACCCUGGCCAUGACCCUUUGUAACCAUGGUAAUACGUUCAUUUUGUCACAACCUUUCAUAUGUGUAAUAAUCUCAGUAAUAAAGGAAAAUCAGUUUA